GAAAGAAACUUAUGAUGAACACAAUGUCCAGACGCAUCCACCUGGUUUUCAUGUCAUCUUUCUGCCAUUUGCCAAUGAUAUGAGGAAACUUAAUUACCCUGAAACAGCCAAAGCUACCAAUACACAAAUAAGCAAAGCAAAAGAUAUAAUCAAGAAACUUACUUUUACUUUUGAUGCAUCAAGUUUUGAAAAUCCAUCUUUGCAGAAGCAUUAUCGUCACCUUGAAGGGCUGGCUUUGGACAGAGAUGCACCGGACGACUUCACUGAUCUAACAGGUUCACAAUAUAAUUGUCCAAAAUACCACAAACAAUCUACAUGUAUAACAAACCUCUCGAGCACUUUGCCGUUAGCUAUGUGUAUUACAUACGUGUACUCACAACCUUGA